CUGGGAAAUCGAGUUCUGCAAUCAGUCAAUAUCACUGCGGAGACCCCAAAACAACACGAUGCUGGCGCCCAGCGGAGGCAAGAUGCUCAAAGGAGCUCUUGCAAACACCAAUGCCUCUGUAACGCUCCCAACUUUCCUAGUACCAGCCUUCCAAACAACUGCGCCGCGACGCCAGUUCUCCAGCACAACGAAUAGAUCUUCGAAGCUAGGCCGAACACCGAUAUCCAUUCCUCCCGGUGUCGAAUUGGCAGUUGGAGAGCCCAGGAUCAAGAAAGACCCUACAACAUAUCUAAGGAUACCAAAACGAACAAUUACUAUCACCGGGCCGUUGGGGAAGCUCGACCUGGAAAUCCCCCCGUACAUCCACAUCAACCAUGACGAGGCUUUAAGAAGGGCGGUGCUUACUAUUGAGGACACAGAAGCUAAGCAGCAAAAGGAGAUGUGGGGAACUACAUGGGCAUACAUAAACCGACAUAUUAUCGGCGUAUCAGAAGGACACACAGCUGUUUUACGACUAGUAGGUGUAGGAUACAGGGCGAUGAUCGAGGAGCGGCCGAAGAAGGCAGAGUAUCCGGGCCAGAAAUUUGUGUGCCUGAAGCUCGGCUUUACACAUCCCGUGGAGGAACCAGUCCCCUUCGGCAUGAAAGCUAGCACACCUCAACCGACAAGAAUCCUACUCGAGGGCAUCAACAGAGAGGAAGUCAUGUCCUUCGCAGCCAGAAUACGUAAAUGGAGAAGGCCAGAGCCAUACAAGGGGAAGGGUAUCUUCGUCAACGACGAGACGAUCAAGCUCAAGCAGAAGAAGAUCAAAUAGGCGAUCUAUUUCCUGCACGUGUAUCUAUGUACUAUACUACGGCAGAUACCCAAUCA